AUGCUAAUGAAUCCAAAAGAAACUGACCUCUAUGAGACAAAAUAUAACAAUUUGCUUGAAUAUUAUUGCCAUAUGGAGCAGAUGAAUAAUCGUCUAAAGCAUCGUUUGUAUCAUGUCAGGAAGGAAAUUAAUCACUUGAAGCAGCUGAAGAGGGUCCUGUGUGAGCGUCUGUUAAUGCACCGUGCUGUAAUAAUUGAUUCAAAUUUGGAAAUACCGGAUAAUGAGUCUAGUGUAUCAUUGAAGGAUAAUAAAGGAUAUGGAGGAGAUGUGAAUUAUAUUUUAAAUAAUUUUGGAUGUUUUAAUUUUACGGUUAAGACAAUUAAUAAUGCUGAAACAGAAAUGGUUAAUAAUACUAAUGGAGGAGCGACGAGGAAAAGAAAAAUGCCUUCAAAAAAGGAAAAUGGUGGAGGGGAACAAGGUGGAAGUUGUAAUAAUGGUAAUGUUAAUAGUAGUAGAAGAAGUGGUGGUGGUGGUGGUGGAAGGGAUAAUAAAAGACGCAAAGCGCGAGACGAGGCAAAACAAAAUAUAAUUUCUAUAAUUGAAAGUAUUGUUUCUGAUACACCAAAAUCAGAGGAUUCGGUUAAAUCCGAAGCUACUACUAAUGAAGCUGAGAGUGCACACCAAGAAUUGUCAGAUGUUCCUACUCCUACUGAACAAAAUUCAGGUAUAAAUUAUGAGUAA